UUUUUUUUUCUAAUAAUUUUUCUAUUUAUGUGUAUUUUGAUAUUUUAAUUUCCUCCCUGCAAAUCUAUCUUAUUUAAGCACUCAAGAAUAUAGGGUCCUCCAUUUUAUUCUCUCUCUGAAAAAGUGGAGAGAUUGGGAUCUUUUUGCUCUCUGGUACGGUCUCCGUCAAAGAAGGGUCUCGUCUGAAAGCUCCGCCUUCUCAAUUUUCGGUGGAUUUUACGAACUUUUUGAACAUCAUGGCAGUGGAAGUUGCUGAUUCUAGCUUUGCGAUUGUUGAGAACGUGAGUGAGUCGAACGGGUCAACUGAAAAUAAAAAGGUCAACAUAACUUUCGGCUCUCAUGGUGUGGAUGAGCCGGUCAAAGUCGAAUUCAAUAACGUGGCAGAGUCAAACGUCCCAAAGGAUGCAGUUGACGAGUGGCCUGUGCAGCAGACACACUCUUUCUAUGUUGUUAGGUAUCGGGCAUUGGAGGAUCAGAAUCUGAGGGCCAAACUGGAUUUGGCUGAUAAAGAGCUACAGAAGAAGAAUCAGGCUCGAUUGCAGAUUGUUGAAAAAAUAAAAGCUAAAAGGGCUGAUCGAGCCCAGGUAAUAGCCCAAUUAAGAUCCCUAGGUGUCGAAAAUAAACAGUUUAGGACUAUAAUGGAUGAGAAAAGAAGAGAAAUGGAGCCUCUACAGCAAGCUCUCGGCAAGCUGAGGGGUUCUGGUGGUGGAGAGAAGGGCCCAGCCAUUUGUUCGUCUGAGGAAGAACUCAAUGAUAUCAUUAAAAGUUUACAGUACAGAAUCCAGCACGAAAGCAUUCCUCUCACUGAAGAGAAGCAGAUUCUAAGGGAAAUCAAGCAACUCGAAGGCACGAGGCCAAAGGUGGUUGCUCAUGCUGCUGAGAGAGCAAGAAUUCAAGACUCGUUAGGCCAAAAAGAGGCGAUUCAAGGCCAGGUCAAAUCGAUAGGCGUUGACCUUGAUGGCGUCCGGAAGGAGAAGCAAGUUAUUAAUGCCAAGCUUAAGCAGCUCGAUGAGGAAAAACUGGUUAUAGAGAAAGAUAUUAAUGUUUUGGAAGGGGAAUUAGCUGCCGUUACGGAAAAGAGGGAUAAAACUUUCGAAACCAUUAAGGAUAUGAGGAAACAACGAGAGGAAGGGAAUUCUCCGUUUUACCAAAACCGAACCCUCCUGACGAAGGCCAAAGCUCUGGCGGCCAACAAGGAAGUCGAUGCCUUGAAGAAGCUUUCCGAAACAGAGGUUGAAAACUUCAUGUCCCUCUGGAACACAAACAAGGCCUUCCGAGCAGAUUACGAGAAGAGAAACCUCUCGUCCCUUGACAUGCGCCAGCUGUCAAAGGACGGCCGACUCAGAGGCCGAAACGAGAAACCGCUCGUCCGAAACGAGGUUGUUGCAGCGCCAGCUGUGCAGCCCAAAUCCGAGGCCCUCCCAAAACCGAGCGUCAAACAGAUACCACCAAAGGAGGAGGCCGUGAGCCCCACCGACCCACUGUCUGAGCAGAAGAAGGCCCAGAAAGCCAUGGGUCGGCCCAAGAACGACAAAGAUGGAAACAGCAAGAAAAAAAAGGAGGUGGGCUUGGAAGAUGCUGCUGACGAGGAGGAGGAGUAUGGGUACUUCGUGGGGGACAAGCCCAAGGAAUUGGGCUUGGGCUUGGGGUUGGGCCCGAAGAAGGAAGAAGUUGAUGAGAAGAAACUCAAGGAGCAGAGGAGAGAGGAGGAGAUUGCCAAGCGCAACCAAGCGGAAGAGAGGAAGAGAAAGCAGGCGGAGAAAGAGCGUGAGAAAAGGGCAAGAAAGAAGGCAGGAGGCUCGGCUAUUGCUCCCGAGUCAGACGAACCAGCAGCUGAAGCCACUGAAGAAAUUGGCGAACCUGAAAAGAUAGAGGAGAAAAUCGAAACACCACAAAAGAAGAAGGACCGAAAAGAAAAUACCGUCAGGAACAGAGGGCCACGCCCCAGAGGACCCGAUUCUCUCCCGAAAGCCAUACUUAAACGCAAGAAGGCCACAAACUACUGGGUCUGGGUGGGCCCCGCUGCUGCUGUGGCAGCCAUUCUGCUUCUGAUUGUCGGGUACAGUUAUUUCAGUUGAGUCAAGGUUAUGAAAAGAAGAAACUUCUCGUAUUUGANGAUA